UCAAACAAAACUUGCUCACUUUCAUCUAUUCCUUUUGCUUUAAAAUUAUCAUCCAAUUAAGAAACCAUGGCAGUUCCUAUAGAUGCCGUAUCUGGUCCAUUGGGAAAUUCCGGUGGAGAUUUUUGGAGUUUCCGACCAACUAACAAGAUCAAUCAAAUUGUUAUUCGUUCUGGUGGGUCAGGAAAUAACAACCCUAUUGGUAUAACUUUUUCUUGCAUUAACGAAGAUGAUUCAAAGGAAACGAUCACAGUAGGUGGAGGUGGAACAGAUACUUUAGUCACCCGUACUGACACGGUGAUUAUUGAUGAUGACGCGGAUGAAUACUUGACCGAAAUAUGCGGAACAUUUGGACCUUUCGUAGAUGAUUCGUACAGUGUCUUACGAUCGAUAAAGUUUACAACUAAUGUAAGAGAGUUCGGACCGUACGGCCCUAAUGUUGGAUCGCCAUUCCACUUCCAAGCUCCUGAUGGCAAAAAGAUUGUUGGAUUCAUUGGUCGAGCUGGAUUCUAUGUUGAUGCUAUUGGUAUUUACAGUGCUUUUGCACACCAUAUCAAACAAAACUUGCUUAUUUUCAUCCCUUCCUUUUGCUUUUCAAUUAUCAUCCAAGAAACCAUGGCAGUUCCUACAGAUACCGUAUCUGGUCCAUUGGGAAAUUACGGUGGAAAUUUUUGGAGUUUUCGACCGGUUAACAAGAUCAAUCAAAUUGUUAUUCUUUCUGGCGGGUCAGGGAAUAACAAUCCUAUUGGUAUAACUUUUUCUUGCAUUAAAGAUGAUGGUUCAAAGGAAACGAUCACAGUAGGUGGAGGUGGAACAGAUACCAUGGUCACCCGUACUGACACGGUGUUUAUUGAUGACGCGAAUGAAUACUUGACCGAAAUAAGCGGAACGUUUGGACCUUUUAUAGAUAGGACAUACAAUGUCUUACGAUCGAUAAAGUUUACUACCAACGUAAGAGAGUUUGGGCCGUACGGCCCUAAUGUUGGAACGCCAUUCAACUUCCAGGCUCCGAAUGGACAAAAGAUCGUUGGAUUCAUUGGUCGAGCUGGAUUCUAUGUUGAUGCUAUUGGUAUUUACAGUUACUCCACCAACUCUAUAAAAUCGAACCAUUUUCUAAUUUAUAGUCCGCAUACCAAAUUAAAGUUGUUUCAGACAACAUCAAUGGCCAUUCCCGCUGUUUCCGCGGCACUGUCGAAGUUCAACGACGAGAUUUCCCGAUCACCGCCGUGCGAGGUUGACGAACGUGUGGAGGACCUGGUGAUAGAGCUAACAUGGAUGCAGUGUUUUCUGGUCGACGGCGAACGGACGCCGGAAGGGCGUGCAAGGGCCGACGUCUGGUCGCCGGCGAUCGAGCGCCUCGCACUUUAUGCUCAAAAUCUCCACUCCGGUUUGGUUAGCCCAGCCGUCAAGAUUCUGGGGAUUGAAAAGCUCACCAAAAAACUCGCCGCCCUUAGAGAAAAACUGCACCCUUUUGUCGUCACCGCUCGCGUUGCAAGUUCAUCGUCGUCGUACGUAGCAGAAGUUCCGCCGCCUGCGGCGGUUCAACUCUCUAAAGAAAUAAAAGUGGCGGCGUGGGGAGGUCCGGGAGGACAGAAAUGGGAUUAUAAAGGGAGUUUGAAACAGAUUGUUAUUGUUCAUGGGCUAACCAUUGACUCUAUAACGUUAACAGCCGUCAAGCCGGACGGUAACUCGGAGGUUCCCGCCAAAUUUGGCGGCGGCGGCGGCAAUACAAUCGUCCAAGUGGAUAUUGAUGCUCCAAUGGAGUACUUAACAGGCAUAAGUGGAACCUAUGGUGUUAUUAAUGGUUUAAUUGUGAUAACAUCAAUCAAGUUCUACACCAACACAACUCAGCAUGGUCCUAUCGGCAGCUGCGAGGGUGGAGAUUCAUUUUCAUGCAUACUAGAAGACGGUGGUAAGAUAGUAGGACUCCAUGGAAGUUCUGGGAUUUAUCUUGAUUCUAUUGGAGUCUACACUGGAUAAUAAGUCGACCUUUCA